AUGAUCUUCUCAAAAACCACUGCGCUUCUCGCGCUGGCAUCAGGUGCUUACGCCCAGUCGCAAUAUACGUCGACUGGCACUGCUGCCGUAGCUAAGGCAGCUGCUACCGCCCUGACUCUGUCCCCUACUUCAAGUGUCGCCGGCUUAACCUUCGACCGUUUUGUUCAGAUCUGGCUGGAGAACGAGGACUACAGUGCAGCUAUAAAGGAUACAAACCUCGCCUAUCUCGCCUCUCUAGGCAUCACACUCACCAAUUAUUUUGCCAUCACCCAUCCUUCUCAGCCUAACUAUGUGGCUGCCGUUGGUGGCAAUACUUUCGGGAUCGCCGACGACAGCACGCACUAUAUUUCUUCAAGCACUAAGACAAUCGUAGAUCUAUUGGAAGACGCUGGCGUCAGCUGGAGUGUGUAUCAGGAGGAUAUGCCGUAUUCCGGCUUUGAGGCAAACUAUGCCAAUCAAAAGACGGGUGCAAAUGACUACAUGCGCAAGCACAAGUAUGUUUCCCAAUACCAACAUUACCUAAGAGCAAAAGUCACUGACAAAUCGUUCCCAAGUCCGUUGAUGAGCUACAACUCGGUUACAUCGAAUACCGACCGUCUUGCGAAAUCGAAGAACUUCACCAUGUUCUAUGAAGACCUGGACAACAACAAACUGCCCCAAUGGAUGUUCAUCACUCCUAACAUGACCAACGAUGGCCAUGAUAGUUCACUCGCCACUGCUGGAACCUGGUCUCGUAACUUUUUGACCCCAUUGCUUUCCAAUGAGAACUUCAACACUGAUAGCACUUUGAUCAUCCUUACCUUUGACGAGGGUUUGACGAUCGGCACGAACCAAAUCUAUGCCGUUCUUUUGGGUGGCGCCGUCUCAAGUGCGAAGGUGGGUACCAAGGACAAUACCGCUUAUAAUCAUUAUAGUCUGUUGAAGACCGUGGAGACCAAUUGGGACCUGGGUAACCUUGGAGAAAACGACGUGGAUGCCACUGCGUUCUUCUAG